AUGUCUUGCUCAAAUGAACAGCGAUUGGCGUGUAUGGGACAUCAAGCGGUAAGGUCGACCAAAAUGGAUGGAACCUCAAAAUCGUCGAAACAGGGGAAAGAUGCGUACGCAGCUGGAGAAAUCGAUGACAAUGAGUACGAGGUGCGAAAAAGACUCCCGUUUCGCUUUCCAUUGAGAAAGAACGAUGUUUACGUCACAAAGCGUACUAAUUUCAAAGGACAGAUGACGAGGUGUCAAAAAUUGUUGGAUAACGAAUUCAGUGAAGUUUACAUCCAUGGUCUCGGAGCUGCUAUUAAUCGUGCUAUAAACCUAGCGCUUCAAAUUAAACGGAAUGGUCUUGGUUCUCUUGACGUCGCUGUUGAAACUGCAACGGUACGACUGACUGACGACUUGGAUCCUCUGAUUGAUACGGCAGAGCCGAAAACACGGACGCGCCUUUGUUCCGCUGUGCAUAUUAAGAGAUUUCAUACGGCUUCUUCGGUUUAUAUCGCCGUCAUCGGCUCCGGCCCCGCUGGUUUCUACUGCACGGAGACAUUGCUGAAAAAAAUGAAUAAUUUCCAUGUACAUAUGUUUGAAAAACUGCCUGUUCCUUAUGGCUUAAUUCGCUAUGGUGUUGCACCUGAUCACCCAGAGGUGAAGAACUGCAUUAAACAGUUUGAAAAACUUGCAGACUCGAUGCCCACGCGUUUCAAGUUUUAUGGCAACGUGGAAGUCGGCAAGGACAUCAGCCUUAAGGAAAUCAUAAAGGUACAUUUGAAUUAUCAUCAUUAAAU